AUGGAGGACGCACAGACCGAGGACAGGCGCCUUCUCUUCCUCCAGGAGCAUGUUCUGAGGGCCCUGAAGAUCAAACCGGAGCGCUGGGACACGUGCGUGUGUGGAGAGGAGACCCGGCAGCUGCUGCAGGACUUUCUGGACAAGUCCGAGCCCAAGACUCUGGCUCUGACUCUGUCCUCAGCCGGAGCCCUGCAGCCCGCGGACACCAUCGUGUCUUCAUCCAAAAACAAAGUGGUGUACUUUGUGAAGCGGAGCCAGGCCGCGCUGAGAGCAGAGAACAUGAAGGAGAGUCUGGUGUACGGGGAGCUGUCCCCCGCGCCUCUGCAGCACUUCUCCAGGCUGGUGGAAGAGGUGGUGGUCCCUCUGCUCUCCAACAGCAGAAACCAGGCUGCCUGGCCUCAGGUGGUGUCCCAGGACCUCCAGCGGCACCUGCACCUCCUCCAGAGCAGUGUGUUUGUGCUGUGUGGCUGUGUCCAAGGAAAGACACUACUGCCCCCUCCUGGUGGGGCAGAGAGGCUGGAGCACGCUGCCCCAGACAAAUACAACAGUGUGGACUCGGUGGAUAAGAGCCUGAUCCACUCGGUGGAGUCGGUGCUCAUAGACUGGAUCCAUCAGCUGCACGGAGUCCUCAGCAGAGACUCUUCAGAAGAACUGCUCCGAGGUUCUCACCCCACGCCCCACACUGAGCUGCUCUUCUGGAACAACAGACUGUCAGACCUGCGGUGUGUCCACUCUCAGCUCACAUCUCCCAGGGCUCAGAAGAUGGCCGCCCUGCUGGAGGCCGUGGAGAGCAGCUACACUCACUCUUUCACCCGGCUGCUCCAGGAUGUUCUGCACGCCCUGGAGGAGGCUCAGGACAUCUGUGCUCACCUGAAGCCCCUGCAGCGCCUGCUGGAGGAGGUGGAGGCUGCAGAGUUCCCAGAGGUCAGAGGUCACAUCGCUCCACUCAUGCACACUGUGUGUCUGCUCUGGACCCACUCCCGCUCCUACUGCCGCCCCGCCCGAAUCAUCGUCCUGCUGCAGGAGAUCUGCAACCUGCUGCUCCAACAGGCCCAGGCGUAUUUAGUCCCAGAGGAGCUGCUGCGAGGGGAGGUGUCCCAGAGCCUGGAGAAGCUGCAGACCAGCCUGGAGCUCCUGCAGAUGUUCAGGAGCACAUACGAAGAGCGCAGGGCCAGUCUGAGCCAGUACCAGAAGAACGGACAAGCCCCUCCACCCUGGGACUUCUCCCCUCACCUGGUCUUCACCCGACUCGACCUCUUCAUACAGAGACUCAACACUGUCAAGGACGUGGUGGUGACGGCAGUGGAGCUGUUUAAACUGGAGAAGGUGGAGAUCGGUGGAGUGAAGGGUCAAAUCCUGAGCCAGCACGUGUAUAACCUGCACCACAACUUUGUGGAGUUAUUCAAGAACUUCACAGAAAAGUCCAACGCCUGUUUGGACCUCAGUAACACGGAGUUUGAUGCUGAUGUGAGACAGUUCAAAGUGCUGGUGGAGGACACAGAUCGGCGUCUUGGUGCCAUCUUCUGCCAGGCCUUUGACAGUGCCCCCGGCCUGGAGCACGCCUUCAAGGUGCUCAACAUGUUUGGGAGUCUGCUCGAGCGCCCCCUGGUGGCUGCAGAUGCUGUGGACAGAUACACCACACUAGUGUCCAUGUUUGACCAGGAGCUGGACAGCGUCAGGCUCAUGUACACAAAGUGUUUACAGGAGGCUGACCACCAGGCCUGGUCUCCAAUGAACAAGAACAUGCCCACAGUGUCUGGAGGCCUCAGGUGGGUUCAAGAGCUGAGGAGAAGAAUCCAGACGCCGUUCUCCAUGUUCAGACAGCUGUCCUACCCGUGUCUGGAGAGUCCAGCAGGAGCUCGAGUCCUUCAGAAGUAUGAAGACAUGAUGCAGCUGCUGGACAGGUAUGUGGGCAGCCUCUAUGACUCCUGGGCACAGACUGUAGCAGAGAACUCCGAGUACAACCUGAGUUUGCCUCUCCUCAAGCGAGACCCCUCCAGUCGCCUUCUGUCUGUCAAUUUCAACCCACAGCUUGUGUCCGUCCUGCGUGAGGUGAAGUAUUUAGAGUGUGGUCAGACCGAGUCCAUCCCUGAGGCCGCUCUACAGCUCUACUCCAGCAGGGAGCAGCUGUGGAAGUAUGUGUCUAACCUGGAGAUCACCACCAACCACUACAACAAGGUGAUGCGCUCAGUGUUGGAUGUGGAGCGGCCCCUGAUCCAGGCUCAGCUCGGGGCCCUGGACUCGGAGCUGAACAGAGCUGAGGAAAACCUGCACUGGAACUCUGAAGAUGUGUGGCCCUACAUCCAGUCUGCGAGGGACUGUGUGUGUGAGCUGGAGUCCAGGCUGCUGAGGAGCAAAGAGAACAUAGAGGAGAUCCAGAGGAACAUACGAGUGUGGAGCAGCCCCAUGUUUGAGCGCAGAGAGGGCAGGAGAGACACCCUGCUGUGUGUGCACGAGCACACUGACAGAGUACAACGCUUCUACAGCACAGUGCGCUCCUCUGGAGACAAGAUCCACUUCCUCCUCAAGAACAACCUGCAGCUCCUGGGAGCAGACGAGUCUUCUGAUGAGUGGAGGGACUACGUGGAGUACAUCGAUGACAUGAUCAUAGACGGCUUCUUCAACUGUAUCCAUGCAUCACUGCAGUUCCUCCUGGACAACACAGACAAGAACACCGUGGCCCCUCUGAUGGAGCUGCAGCUGGAUCUGAACGUUCCAGAGCUGGUCUUCAGUCCGUCUCUGGAGUACGGAGCGGGAGACAGCCUUGUGGAGCGUGUGGAGGCUCUCGUCACCGACAUCUUCAGAGUGUCGUCUUUGGUCCCCCGUGUCGCCCAGCACUGCUCUGUCCCUCAUUACCAGGCUGACAUGGAGGACAUGGCUGACCUGCAGGACAUGCGCACACGGCUCAUGUCCCGUGUGCACAGUGUGGUGGCAGCGUGCGGUGAGUACAGGAGCUCUCUGGAGCCGUACAGUUACCUGUACGUGGAGGAGCGCAGGGAGUUCAUGAGGCAGUUCCUCCUGUAUGGACGUGUGCUGACCAGCCACGAGAUGGAGAUGUACGCAGACUCCACUGUCCCGGAGAGCCCGCCCACUCUGGACAACUUCAGAGAGCAGGUGGACAGUUAUGAGAAGAUCUACGAGGAGAUCCAGGCUCUGCAGCCCGUGCACGUGUUUGACGGUUGGAUGAGAGUGGACGCUCGCUCCAUGAAAACUGCUCUGCUCAACAUCGUCAAGAAAUGGAGCUUCAUGUUCAAGCAGCACCUCAUGACCCACGUCACCAACAGCCUGUCUGAGCUGGAGCUCUUCAUCAGAGAAACAGAGCAGGGCCUGGAGCAGCGUGUGGACGAGGGAGACUAUAACGGCCUGGUGGGGCUCAUGUCUCACCUGCUGGCCGUCAAAGACCGACAGGGCUCCACAGACGCCAUGUUUGAGCCCAUCCAACAAACCAUCGCUCUCCUCCGGGACUAUGACCAGGAGCUGCCUGACGUGGUCCACAAACAGCUGGAGGAGCUGCCAGAGAAGUGGAACAAUCUGAAGAAACACACAGCACUGGUGAAACAGCAGGUGGCGCCGCUGCAGGCAGUCCAAGUGACGAGUCUGAGGAGACAGUGCGCUUCAUUUGACGUAGAGCAGCACACGUUCAGAGAGCGCUUCCGACACGACGGGCCCUUCAGGUUUAACUGUCCGACCCCGUACCAGCUGCUGGACUCCUUCCACCUUCAGAUCCAGGAGCACGAGGAGGUGAUGGGCUCUCUGGUGCAGUCUGCAGGUCUGUUUGAGCUCACUGUCCCUGACUACAGACAGCUCCAGCAGUGCAGGCGAGAGGCUGGUCUCCUCAAAGAACUCUGGGACAUGAUCAGUGUGGUGGACUCCAGCAUAGCAGCGUGGAAGACCACCCCCUGGAGAGACAUCCAGGUGGAGGACAUGGAGAUAGAGUGCAAGCGCUUCUCCAAAGACAUCCGUGGCCUGGACAAAGAGGUGCGUUCGUGGGAUGCCUUCACGUGUUUGGACAGUGAGGUGAAGAACCUGCUCACGUCUCUGCGCGCUGUGGCCGAGCUGCAGAACCCCGCCCUCCGCCCGCGACACUGGCACCAGCUCAUCCAGGCCACCGGGGUGCGCUUCACCAUGAACCAGGACACGUGUCUGGCUGACCUGCUGCAGCUGAACCUGCACUGCUUUGAGGACGAGGUGAGGGCCAUCGUGGACAGAGCCGUCAAAGAGAUGUCCAUGGAGAAGGUCCUGACCGAGCUGGACUCCACCUGGACAGGCAUGCAGUUCCAGUUCGAGCCCCAUCCCAGGACCCAAGUCCUUCUGCUGCGGAGUGAUGAGGAGCUGAUGGAGACCCUGGAGGACAACCAGGUGCAGCUUCAGAACCUGAUGAGCUCCAAACACAUCGCACACUUCCUGGAGCAGGUGUCAUGGUGGCAGAGCCGACUCUCUGUGGCCGACUCAGUCAUCUCCAUCUGGCUGGAGGUUCAGCGCACGUGGAGCCACCUGGAGAGCAUCUUCAUGGGCUCAGAGGACAUCCGUGCCCAGCUGCCAGAGGACUCAAGGCGCUUUGAGGGGAUUGAUGUGGAUUUCAAAGAGCUGGCAAACACCAUGCAUCAAACACCCAACGUCGUGGAGGCCACCAAUAAAGAGGGUCUGUUUGGCAAACUGGAGGACAUCCAGAGCAGGCUGGCCCUCUGUGAGAAGGCUCUGGCAGAGUACCUGGACACCAAGCGCUUGGCCUUCCCCAGGUUUUAUUUCAUCUCGUCGGCUGAUCUGCUGGACAUCCUGUCCAAUGGGACCAACCCACAGCAGGUCCAGAAGCACCUGUCCAAGCUCUUUGACAACAUCGCCAAGAUGGAGUUUGAAGUGGACGAGCAGGGCAGCCCCUCAAAGAGAGCACUGGGCAUGUUCAGCAAAGAGGGCGAGUACGUGCCCUUUAAGCAGCCCUGUGACUGCACUGGACAGGUGGAAGUGUGGCUCAACACUGUGCUGGAGACCAUGAGGUCCACUGUGAGACACCAGAUGACAGAGGCAGUGACGGCCUAUGAGGACAAACCACGGGAGCAGUGGCUGUUCGACUACCCCGCCCAGGUGGCGCUGACGGGCACUCAGAUCUGGUGGGCGUCGGAUGUGGGCAUCGCGUUCGCCCGUCUGGAGGAGGGCUACGACAGCUCUCUGAAGGAGUACCACAAGAAGCAAGUGACCCAGCUCAACACACUCAUCUCCCUGCUCAUCGGACAGCUCUCCCCUGGAGACCGACAGAAGGUCAUGACCAUCUGCACCAUCGACGUCCACGCCCGAGAUGUGGUCGCUAAGAUGGUGGCUCAGAAGGUGGAGAACUCCCAGGCCUUUGUGUGGCUCUCCCAGCUCCGGCACCGCUGGGACGACACAGACAAACACUGUUUUGCCAACAUCUGUGACGCACAGUUCCUCUACUGCUAUGAAUACCUGGGCAACACACCACGCUUAGUCAUCACUCCUCUCACCGACAGGUGCUACAUCACACUGACCCAGUCCCUCCACCUGACCAUGAGCGGGGCCCCGGCCGGUCCAGCUGGCACCGGCAAAACCGAGACCACCAAAGACCUGGGCCGGGCUCUGGGCAUCAUGGUGUACGUGUUCAACUGCUCCGAGCAAAUGGACUACAAGUCGUGUGGGAACAUCUACAAAGGCUUGGCACAGACUGGAGCGUGGGGCUGCUUCGACGAGUUCAACAGGAUCUCAGUGGAGGUGCUCUCUGUGGUGGCCGUCCAGGUGAAGAGUAUCCAGGAUGCGAUUCGAGAUAAGAAGGCGCGCUUUAACUUCAUGGGGGAGGAGGUGAGCCUGUGUCCCUCUGUGGGCAUCUUCAUCACCAUGAACCCUGGGUACGCCGGGAGGACGGAGCUGCCAGAGAACCUCAAAGCUCUUUUCAGACCCUGUGCCAUGGUGGUGCCAGACUUCGAGCUCAUCUGUGAGAUCAUGCUGGUGGCAGAGGGUUUCCUGAGUGCCCGAGUGCUUGCCCGAAAAUUCAUCACCCUGUACACCCUGUGUAAAGAACUACUGUCCAAACAGGACCACUAUGACUGGGGUCUCAGAGCGAUCAAGUCCGUCCUGGUGGUGGCUGGUUCUCUGAAGAGAGGAGACCCACAGCGGGCAGAGGACCAGGUGCUCAUGAGAGCCCUCCGAGACUUCAACAUCCCCAAGAUCGUGACGGAUGACAUGCCCGUGUUCAUGGGCCUCAUCGGAGACCUGUUCCCAGCUCUGGACGUGCCCCGCAAGAGGGACAUGGACUUUGAGAAACACGUGAGACAGUCCAUUCUGGAUCUGAAGCUACAGGCUGAAGACAACUUUGUCCUCAAGGUGGUUCAGCUGGAGGAGCUCUUGGCCGUCCGUCACUCGGUGUUCGUCAUUGGGAACGCGGGCACAGGGAAGAGCCAGGUCCUGCGAGCUCUGCAGAGAACCUACCAGAACAUGAAGCGCAGACCGGUGUGGACGGACCUCAACCCCAAAGCGGUCACCAACGAUGAGCUGUUCGGCAUCAUCAACCCGGCCACCCGCGAGUGGAAGGAUGGCCUGUUCUCCAGCAUCAUGAGGGACCUGGCCAACAUCAGCCACACUGGGCCCAAGUGGAUGGUUCUGGAUGGAGACAUAGACCCCAUGUGGAUCGAGUCCCUCAACACGGUCAUGGACGACAACAAGGUGCUGACACUGGCCAGUAAUGAGCGCAUCCCCCUCAACCCCUCCAUGAGACUGCUGUUCGAGAUCAGCCACCUGCGGACAGCGACGCCCGCUACCGUGUCCCGAGCAGGUAUCUUGUACAUAAACCCUGCAGACCUGGGCUGGAACCCUCCUGUGGCCAGCUGGAUCGAGAAGAGGGAGAUCCAGUCAGAGAAGGCCAAUCUGAGCAUUCUGUUCGACAACUACCUCCCCCCGUGUCUGGAGGCACAGCGGACAAAGUUUAAGCGGAUGAUCCCGGUCCCGGAGCAGAGCCAGGUGCAGAUGCUGUGUUACCUGCUGGAGUGUUUACUGACCCCAGAGCACACCCCUGCGGACAGCCCCAAAGAGCUGUACGAGCUCUACUUUGUGUUUGCCGCCGUCUGGGCUUUUGGAGGGGCUCUGUUCCAUGACCAGCUCGUGGACUACAGAGUGGAGUUCAGCCAGUGGUGGGUGGCUCAGUUCAAAAACGUCAAGUUCCCGUCUCACGGCACCGUGUUCGAUUACUACAUCCACCCCGAGAGCAACAAGUUUGAACCCUGGUCCAAGAUGGUGCCCAAGUUUGAAAUGGACCCGGAAAUGCCCCUGCAGGCUUGUCUGGUUCACACCACAGAGACCAUCCGUGUGCGCUUCUUCCUGGACCGGCUGCUGGAGCUCCGCAGGCCGGUGAUGCUGGUGGGGAACGCUGGCACAGGGAAGUCUGUUCUGGUGGGAGACAAACUGGUCUCUUUAGACACAGACAAAUACAUGAUCAAAAAUGUGCCCUUUAACUACUACACCAACUCCUCCAUGCUGCAAGCGGUGCUGGAAAAGCCUCUGGAGAAGAAGGCCGGCCGUAACUUUGGUCCACCUGGGAGCAGGAGGCUGGUGUACUUCAUCGAUGAUCUGAACAUGCCUGAGGUGGACUCGUAUGGAACAGUGCAGCCCCACACCCUCCUACGCCAGCACCUGGACUACAACCACUGGUAUGACCGGAGUAAGCUGGUGUUGAAGGAGAUCCACAAUGUGCAGUAUGUGACCUGCAUGAACCCCACGGCCGGCAGCUUCACCAUCAACCCCCGACUCCAGCGUCACUUCUGUGUCUUCGCCCUGUCCUUCCCCGGAGCCGAGGCCCUGAGCUCCAUCUACACGUCCAUCCUGUCGCAGCACCUGAAGGGCCCGGGCUUCAGCAGCGUCCUCUCCAAGAGCUGCCCCACCGUGGUGCAACUGUCCCUGGAUCUGCACCAGCGCGUGGCCUCCACCUUCCUCCCCACUGCCCUCAAGUUCCACUACGUCUUCAACCUGCGCGACCUCUCCAACAUCUUCCAGGGCAUGUUGUUCUGUACUCCUGACUGUCUGAAGACCCCCGCAGACCUGCUCAAGAUAUACCUCCACGAGUCCAGCCGCGUCUACAGAGACAAGCUGGUGGAGCAGGCGGACCUCCAGACCUUUGACAAGCUCCAGGCCGACUCUGCACGGAAGUUCUACGAGGAUGCCCCGCCUGCUCUGGACAUGAACCUGUACUGGCACUUUGCCCGCGGCCUGGGGGAGCCGGUGUACAUGCCCGUGGAGUCGUGGGCCAGUCUGAGUGCCACCCUCCUCGAGGCACUGGACGGGUACAACGAGGUGAACGCUGCUCUGAGCCUGGUGCUGUUCGAGGACGCCAUGGCUCACAUCUGCCGCAUCAGCCGGAUCCUGGAGUGCCCCCGGGGGAGCGCCCUGCUGGUGGGCGUGGGCGGCAGCGGUAAGCAGAGCCUCACCCGGCUGGCAGCGUUCGUCUCGGGCUUGGAGGUGUUCCAGAUCACCCUGAGGAAAGGCUACGGCAUCAGUGACCUGAAGAGUGACCUGGCCUCCCUCUACAUGAAAGCUGGACUGAAGAACAUAGGCACGGUGUUCCUGAUGACCGAUGCUCAGGUUGCAGAUGAUAAAUUCCUGGUGCUGGUCAAUGAUCUGCUGGCCUCAGGGGAGAUUCCAGACCUGUUUGCAGAUGAUGAGCUGGAGAACAUCGUGUCCACAGUGAGGCCGGAGGUGCGCAGCUCUGGGGCCCUGGACUCCAGGGAAAACUGCUGGAGGUUUUUCAUCGAGAGGGUCCGGAGACAGCUCAAGGUGGCACUGUGUUUUUCCCCGGUGGGCAGUAAGCUCCGUGUGCGUGGACGAAAGUUCCCCGCUGUGGUCAACUGCACGGCCAUCGACUGGUUCCACGAGUGGCCCCAAGAGGCCCUGGAGUCGGUCAGCCUCAGGUUCCUACAGGAUCUGGACAGCAUUCAGCCCGCAGUGAAGGAGUCGGUGAGCAAAUUCAUGGCCUUCGUUCACACCAGCGUCAACCACACGUCCAAACAGUACCUGGCCACCGAGAGGCGCUACAACUACACCACGCCCAAGUCCUUCCUGGAGCAGAUCAAGCUCUACCGGAGCCUGCUGGGACAGAAGAGCUGCGAGCUGAAAGCCAAGAUGGAGCGUUUGGAGAACGGGCUGCAGAAGCUCAACUCCACCUCUGCACAGGUGGAUGACCUCAAGGCCAAGCUGGCUGCUCAGGAAGUGGAACUGAAGCAGAAGAACGCGGACGCUGACAGGCUGAUCCAGGAGGUCGGCGUAGAGACGGAGAAGGUGUCCAAGGAGAAGGCCGUGGCGGACGCAGAGGAGCAGAAGGUGGCGGCCAUCGCUGUGGUGGUUAGUGGGAAGCAGAAGGACUGUGAGGAGGACCUAGCCAAGGCUGAGCCCGCUCUGCUCGCAGCUCAGGACGCACUCAACACUCUGAACAAGAACAACCUGACUGAGCUGAAGUCUUUUGGUUCCCCGGUGACAGCGGUCACUAACGUCACGGCGGCUGUGAUGGUUCUGACUGCUCCCAAUGGUAAAGUGCCCAAAGAUCGCAGCUGGAAAGCGGCCAAAGUCAUGAUGGCCAAAGUGGACACUUUCCUGGACUCUCUGAUCAACUUCAACAAGGAGAACAUCCACGAGGCCUGUCUCAAAGCCAUCCAGCCAUACCUCCAGGACAAAGAGUUCCAGCCUGACCUGGUGGCCUCUAAGUCCCAGGCUGCUGCUGGCCUGUGCUCGUGGGUCCUGAACAUCGUCACGUUCUACCAGGUCUACUGUGAGGUGGAGCCCAAACGCCAGGCUCUGAGCAAGGCCAACGCUGAGCUGGCUGCUGCCCAGGACAAGCUCACGGCCAUCAAACGCAAGAUCACUGUCCUGAAUGAAAACCUGGCUAAGCUGACCGCCAAGUUUGAGCGAGCCACAGCGGACAAGCUCAAGUGCCAACAGCAGGCAGAGGCGACCGCCCGCACCAUCUCACUGGCCAACCGCCUGGUGGGGGGCCUGGCUUCAGAGAACGUGCGCUGGGCUGAGGCGGUGCAGAGCUUUAAGCACCAGGAGAGCAGUCUGUGUGGAGAUGUCCUCCUCAUCACGGCCUUCGUGUCCUACCUGGGCUACUUCACCAGGACCUACAGGCACGUGCUGAUGGAGCAGAGCUGGAGACCCUUCUUCUCACAGCUGCAGGUGCCCAUCCCAGUGACCCCUGACCUGGACCCCCUGACCAUGCUGACGGACGAUGCCGACGUGGCGGCUUGGCAGAACCAGGGUCUGCCUGCCGACCACAUGUCCACAGAGAACGCCACCAUCUUGAGCUCGUGCCAGCGCUGGCCCCUCAUGGUGGACCCCCAACUGCAGGGCAUCAAGUGGGUGAAGAACAGAUACGGAGACAGUCUGAGAGUCAUCCGCAUCGGCCAGAGGGGAUACUUGGAUGCCAUCGAGCGGGCGCUGGCAGCAGGAGACGUUGUCCUCAUCGAGAACAUAGAGGAGACUAUGGAUCCGGUCCUGGGGCCACUGUUAGGCCGAGAGACAAUCAAGAAGGGCAGGUGCAUAAAGAUUGGAGACAAAGAGUGUGAGUUUAACCCUCGUUUCCGGCUCAUUCUGCACACUAAACUGGCCAGUCCUCACUACCAGCCGGAGCUGCAGGCCCAGUGCACCCUCAUCAACUUCACCGUGACCAGAGACGGGCUGGAGGAGCAGCUGCUGGCCGCUGUGGUCAGCAUGGAGCGACCUGACCUGGAGCAGCUCAAGUCUGAGCUGACCACGGAGCAGAACGGCUUUAAGAUCACCCUGAAGACCCUGGAGGACAACCUGCUGUCCCGCCUGUCUUCAGCCUCUGGGGACUUCCUGGGGGACACAGAGCUGGUGGAGAACCUGGAGAUCACUAAGCGCACGGCCGCCGACAUACAGGAGAAGGUGAAGGAAGCCAAGGUGACAGAGGCCAAAAUCAAUGAGGCCCGAGAGCAGUACCGGCCGGCUGCAGCCCGCGCCUCCUUAUUCUACUUCAUAAUGAACGACCUCAAUAAAAUCCACCCCAUGUACCAGUUCUCUCUCAAGGCUUUCAGUGUGGUUUUCCAGAAGGCUGUGGAGAGAGCAGCUCCAGACGAGAGCCUGACUCAGCGAGUGUCCAACCUGAUCCAAAGCAUCACAUGGUCUGUGUUCCAGUACACCACCAGAGGCCUCUUCGAAUGUGACAAGCUCACCUACACGGCCCAGCUCGCCUUCCAGAUCCUGCUGAUGAACAAAGAGAUCAGCCCCGUGGAGCUGGACUUCCUCCUGAGGUACCCGGUGCAGCCAGGAGUGAACUCACCCGUCGACUUCCUGUCCAACCACUCAUGGGGCGGCAUCAAGGCCCUGUGCGCCAUGGACGAGUUCAGGAACUUGGACCGGGACUUGGAGGGCUCGGCCAAGCGCUGGAGGAAGUUUGUGGAGUCGGAGUGUCCGGAGAAGGAGGCGUUUCCUCAAGAGUGGAAGAACAAGACGGAGCUGCAGAAGCUGUGCAUGAUGAGAGCUCUGAGACCGGACCGCAUGACCUACGCUGUCAGGGACUUUGUGGAGCAGAAGUUGGGCAGUCAGUACGUGAGUGGACGCUCUCUGGACUUCUCCGUGUCCUUUGAGGAGUCUGGACCGGCCACGCCCAUGUUCUUCAUCCUAUCUCCUGGAGUGGACCCUCUGAAAGAUGUGGAGAAGCACGGAAAGAAACUGGGAUUCACGUUUGACAACAAGAACUUCCACAACGUGUCUCUGGGCCAGGGGCAGGAGGUGGUGGCAGAGCAGGCCCUGGCCUUAGCCGCCAAGGAGGGCCACUGGGUCAUUCUACAGAACAUCCAUCUGGUAGCUCGCUGGCUGGGCACGCUGGAGAAGCUCCUAGAGCAGCAGGCACAGAGCAGUCACGAGCAGUGCAGGGUGUUUGUGAGUGCCGAGCCCUCCUCCACACCGGAGGGCCACAUCAUCCCACAGGGCAUCCUGGAGAACUGCAUCAAGAUCACCAACGAGCCACCUACGGGCAUGCAUGCCAACCUGCACAAGGCUCUGGACAAUUUCAGCCAGGACACGUUGGAGAUGUGUUCGCGGGAGAGUGAGUUCAAAAACAUCCUGUUCUCUCUGUGUUACUUCCACGCCGUCGUGUCCCAGAGAAGCAAGUUUGGUCCCCAAGGCUGGAACAGAACGUACCCCUUCAACACCGGAGACCUCACCAUCUCCAUCAGCGUGCUCUACAACUACCUGGAGGCCAGCCCCAAGGUGCCAUACGACGACCUGCGCUACCUGUUUGGGGAGAUCAUGUACGGGGGCCACAUCACAGACGACUGGGACCGGCGCCUGUGCAGGGCCUACCUGGAGGAGUACAUCCGGCCGGAGAUGAUGGAGGGGGAGCACCACCUGGCCCCGGGGUUCCAACUGCCCGGGAACAUGGACUACAGCGGCUACCACCAGUACAUAGACGAGGCCCUCCCCCCGGAGUCUCCUCACCUCUACGGCCUCCACCCCAACGCAGAGCUGGGCUUCCUCACCCAGAGCUCCGACAAACUGUUCCGGACCCUCCUGGAGCUGCAGCCACGGGACGGGGGCGGGGCCGAGGGGGGCGGGGCCACCAGGGAGGACAAGGUGCGAGCGGUGCUGGAGGAGCUCUUGGAGAAGCUGCCAGAGGAGUUCAACAUGGCCGAGCUCCUGAGUAAAGCUGAGGAAAGGACGCCCUACCAGGUGGUGGCGCUACAGGAGUGUGAGCGCAUGAACCUGCUCACCCAAGAGAUGAAGAGGUCUCUGCGAGAACUCAGCCUGGGACUCAAGGGGGAGCUGUCCAUGAGCGCUGAGAUGGAGAGCCUUCAGUCGUCGCUGUUCUUGGACGUGGUUCCAGAGGGCUGGGUGAAGCGGGCGUACCCCUCUGCGUGUGGCCUCACGCUCUGGUUCACUGACCUGCUGCUGCGGGUCAGAGAGCUGGAGGCCUGGGCAGCAGAUUUCAGCCUGCCCCCCGCAGUCUGGCUCUCUGGGUUCUUCAACCCACAGUCCUUCCUCACAGCCAUCAUGCAGGCCUCGGCACGAAAGAACGCGUGGCCCCUGGACAGCAUGUGUCUGCAGUGUGAUGUGACAAAGAAGAGCCGUGAGGACCUCAGCUCAGCCCCCAGAGAUGGGGCCUAUGUGCACGGACUCUACAUGGAGGGGGCCCGCUGGGACACUCAGAGUGGUUUGAUGGUGGACUCCCGGCUGAAGGAGCUGACCCCCUCCAUGCCCCUCGUCUUCAUCCGGGCGGUGCCUGUGGACAAACAGGAUCAGCGCAGCCUGUACCCCUGCCCCCUGUACAAGACCAGACAGAGAGGCCCCACCUACGUCUGGACCUUCCACCUCCGCACCAAGGACAGACCGUCCAAGUGGACCCUGGCCGGAGUCGCCCUCCUGCUGCAAAUAUGA